AUGAGCCUCCACCGCUUGGGCCUCUGCGGCUGCGACGACAGCGUGGACCCGAGCCUGCUGAGCGCGAUCGCGAGCCGGUGGCCGCGCGCCGAGUUCGGGGUUUUGUUCCGCCCCGGCCGCGAGGGCGAGCCGCGCUACCCGACGCGGGCCUGGCUCGAGACCUUCGCGUUGGCCGGGUCCAAGACGUCGCCGCCCAUGCAGCUCGCGGGCCACCUCUGCGGGUCCGCGGUCGACGCGGUGCUAAAAAACGGCGACGUGUCGUUCGUCCGCGACACGCUCGUGCCCUACGGCUUCCGGCGCGUGCAGCUCAACGCGACGGCGACGAACGGCUGCGAGACGGCCCGGGACGCCAGGGCCAUGGCGGCGGCCGCCGUCGCGGUCCGCGCGGCGUGCGACGCCGUGCCCGAGGUCGAGUGGAUCGUCCAGGCCAACGACGAGACGAAGCCCCUCUGGGAGACGCUGUUGGACGAGGGCGACGUGCCGGCGAACCUGUCCAUGCUCUGGGACGCGUCCUGCGGCAAGGGCGUCAAGAUCGACGCGACGCGCGUCGGCGACGCGCGCGCGACGGGCGUGCCCGCGGGCUACGCGGGCGGGUUGAACCGCGAGAACAUCAAGGAGGUGCUGGCGGCGCUGCGGUCCGGCGUCGCCAAGGGUCGUAGCAUCUGGAUGGACAUGGAGACGGGCCUGCGGUCCAUCAUCGACGACGAGGAGCGCUUCGACGUCAACAAGGCCUGGGCCGUCUGCGCGGCGGUCGACGACGCGCGGUGGGACGACCCCGACGGCGGCGUCGCCGACGUCGUCUUGAAGGACGUGCCGAAGAACGCGCGCAUGUCGGGCCACGCCGUGCUCGCGCACAAGGUGACGCUGCUGCGCGACCGGCGGACGAAGCCGCGGGAGUUCCGCGACAUCCUGGGCGAGCUCACGCACUACGUGGGCUACGAGGCGACGACGCACCUCGACUGCGUGCCGCGCCACGACUGCGUGACGCCCCUGGGCGUCCACGUGCCCGCGGGCGACGGCGCGGCGACGCGGCUCGCCGCGCGCGUGUGUUUGAUUCCCAUCAUGCGCGCGGGGCUCGGCAUGGUCGACGCGAUGCUCAACGUGCUGCCCAACGCCGCCGUCUUCCAGAUCGGCAUGUUCAAGCGCCAGGGGUCGGACCGCCCCAUCGAGUACUACUCGCGGCUGCCCGUGUCCGGCGGCUCCGAGUGCGACGUCGCGUUCAUCUUGGACCCCGUCAUCGCGACGAGCCGGACGAUGCAGCCCGUCGUGUCCAAGCUCAAGGCCUGGGGCGCGCGGCGUAUUGUGGUCGUGUCCGUGCUGGCGUCGGCGGCGGGCCUCGACGCGCUCCACGCGGCGCACCCGGACGUCGACGUGCACCUCGUGCAGGUCGACGGCCGCCUCGGCCGCGACGGGGGCCUGCUGCCGGGCCUCGGCGACGCGGGCGACCGCAUCUUCGGCGCGCCGGGGUCCCAGGCGGCCAUCGCUUUGGGCCGCCACGACAAGUACCAGUGGGAGGAGGCCGGCGACGCGAAGAAGCGGCCGCUGCGGAAGGCGCCCGGGUCGCCCGGCGUCGUCAAGAAGCGGCGCCACAAGCUCGACGAGCCGUCGACGGCCGUGCUCGGCGACAUGCGGGGCGACGCGCCGCCGGCGGACAUCCCCGACGCCAUGCAGUGCGAGUCCCUCGACGAGACGGCGACGCAGCUGACGACGCACGACGGCACGUUCGGCCCCCAGCCGUGCCACCUCGCGUGGGGCGAGAAGUCGUCCGUCGCGCGGGGCCCCGUGCUCGCGACGACGCGCCACACGUUCCAGCGCAACGCCAUCGGCGCCCACGCCGGCGGCUACAGCAUCUACCGCGCUUUGGCCGUCGCGUCGGGCGGUUUGGACCAGGCGGCGAUGCCGAAGUUGGGGCUCACGACGCCCGCGGCGAAGAUCGGCCCCCACCUCUCCUGGAAGAACCCGAAGCGCAUCGUCACCAUGGACCCCUGGGGCCACGCCAUCUCCGAGGGCUUCGGGCCCUGGCUCAACAAGGGCUACGACGUCCGGCCCACCAUCGCGAUCACGAAGGCGCACGUCGAGCUGCCCGAGUGCAAGGAGGCGUUGCGCUCGGGCCGCCUCGUGCCCGACGGCGACAUCCUCGAGGAGUCGGGCACGUCCGUCGUGACCAAGGCGGCCAUCGAGCCCGUGUGGUACCUGCCGGGCGUCGCGGAGCGCUUCGGGGUUUCGGAGCGCGUGCUCCGCGACGCGCUCUUCGCGGAGACCAACUCCAUGUACCCGGAGCUCAUCUCCCGCGACGACCUCAAGGUCUUCCUGCCGCCCAUCGGCGGCAUGACGGUCUACAUCUGGGGCGACGUCGAGAAGAUCCCCGACGAGUCCGUCGAGCUCACGUGCCGCGUCCACGACGAGUGCAACGGCUCCGACGUCUUCGGCUCCGACAUCUGCACCUGCCGCCCCUACCUCACGCACGCCAUCGAGGAGUGCAUCAAGACGGCGCAGCGCGGCGGCACGGGCGUCGUCGUCUACUUCCGCAAGGAGGGCCGCGCGCUCGGCGAGGUCACCAAGUACCUCGUCUACAACAUGCGCAAGCGCCAGGAGGGCGGCGACAAGGCCGCGGAGUACUUCAACUGCACCCAGUCCGUCGCCGGCAUCCAGGACACGCGCUUCCAGGCCCUCAUGCCCGACGUGCUCCACUGGCUCGGCAUCACGAAGAUCCACAACUUCAUCUCCAUGUCGGACAUGAAGUACAACGCGAUCACGUCCGCGGGCAUCACCGUCGAGAACCGCAUCGAGCUGUGCAUCGAGAUCCCGCCGGAGAUGGUCCCCAAGGACGCCCAGGUCGAGAUCGCCGCCAAGGUCUUCCACGGCUACCACGCGGGCAAGGCCUACGACGGCAUGGACGAGCAGAAGCUCGACACCGUCGUCGGCCGCAUCUACAAGCCCGACAAGACGGCCCAGCGCGUCGACAAGGCCGGCAAGAAGAAGGGCAAGUAGGAAACCCGAUCGUAUCCCCCCCCGCCGACCGCGCCCGCCGCCCCCCCCGCGGCCGGAGCCGCCGCUCUCGAUCAUAUCCCCCGCGCGUCUCCGAUUCACACGGCUCCGUU